AUUUAUGCCGUUUUUAGCGUUUCGUGCAGCAGUAGUAGCGUUAUUAAAAUAGUAAACAACAAAAUGCCGAUGAUAGUUUCUGAACUAGCUGAAGAAUAAAUGCUAAAUAAUAUUUGGAAUUUCCAGAGAACGAUAUACAAAAUCGUAUAGGUUUGUAUAAUAAUGGAUAGCGUCAAAACGGACGAUGAGUUAACCUCAACAGUGGGCAAUGUCCUGUCAACGUCCAAAGAGGAAAAAAACGAUUCAAGUGAUGCUACCCCUACGUCUUCAACCGAUGCAAAUACCAAACCUAAGGCUUCCCAAACAGUUUCUGAUGAUCCAAUCAGUAGCACAUCAUCAGACACGUUUGAUCAAUCAAAAACGACAGAUAUGAAGUCAGUGGAUGAACCAGAUCGAGCUCAAACUGAGGAUCACGUAGGUGACUUACUAGAAAUGCAGGUUUCGAAUGAAAAAAUUACAGAGGACGUAGAAGAUUUGGUUCACGAUUUAGAGAGUUUGCUAGGUGAACCGCAGGAAGCGUUCAAUUUGCCCAGUAAAAAGGACGCAAACUGCAAAGGAGAUGCUUCAGCAAACGUAAAAACUGAUGAAAAAAAUGAUGUUAAAGAAGAUAAAGUUGAAAAAAUUGAAAACAGUAUAGAUGACACAACAACUGGCACUGCAUCCAAUUUAGCAGAUGAUACCAAGGACAUCAAUAUAAAAGAAAAUUCAGAAUCAAAUUUAAAACCUGCUUUAAUACUACCUAGCGUUGAAGAGAAUUUAUCUACAAAUAAGGAUAAUCAAGAUAUAUCUGAAAGUACUGGAGAAAGCAGUAAUGCAGAUGCUGAUAAGGAUGCAACAAGUAAAUCCGCUGAGGAAACGAUAUCAUGUACUCCAGUAGAUCAAAUUGCUUGUGAACAAACUUCUCAGAUUAAUCCUAAUGACUCCGCAAUUGCAGUAUCAACUCAAAAAAUUGAAACAACCAAUCUACCAGUCGACGAUGACUCGGAUAGUAUUGGCAGCUGGGAGCUGGUGAACGCAGAAGCUUUAAGUCCAAUCCCUGGACCCUCUGGCGAGCCAAUUCAAGCACCAAUCGAUACAAAUACCGCUGAAGAUAUAACUUCGAGUGAAGAUAAAGCUUCUUCUGCCGAAACUAAUAAAGAAAACGAAGAAAACCGAGAAGCCGAUAGCGUACAAGCAGAACAAAAGGAUGAUAGCGAAGAACCAGAUGUUGAAGAUCAAUCUGAGCAGUUAGUUAGUGAGCAAACACCUGAUAAAAAUGGUGAUGAAAUUAGAGAAGCUGAACCAUCCGAGUCUAAUGAACUGACUAAAGAAGCAGAAGUAGCGGCUUCUCAAACAGAAGAAGAAUCUGAGGCUGAAAGUGAGACCAACCGGAACGCAAAUGCAUCUCAGAAUGUCGAGUCGCCAGUAGAAAUAACGUCUAGUGAAGUGGGUUCCAAACCUGAAACAGACAUUCAAGAAACCACAGUCGAAGAAAAUUUAGAAGCUACUCCAAUGAUUGAACCAUCUGAACCUAAAGUUGAAAGUCAGCCCUCUGUUUCAUCAGAAAUUGACGAAACAAAAGCAACUGAAGCAGAUAUGGUCGAUCAGAAGGAUAUGCCAAUAGAAAAUGUUGAAGAAUGUCCAAAAGAUGCAGAAACCGAAGAAACUGAUAUUGCAGAAUGUUCCGAUUCACUGAUAGGUGUAGAUUUAGUUGAAACAGUACCCAAAUCAGAAGAACAGGAUGAAAAUACGACAAAUGAACCACUGGCUUCCACGAAAACAGAUGUUGCAGAUGAACCAAUUGAAAAACAAGCAGAUGUGACUGAAGAAAAUGCAACUCAGGUUGAAGAAGACGUAAAAUCAGAUGGCACUGAAGCAAAAUCAUUGCAGGUUGAAGAACAUGUGAAACCAAUUAAAGAACUAGAAUAUGUAACUGAAGAAAAUACAACUCGGGUUGAAAAAGACGUAAACUCAGAUGGCACUGAAGCAAAAUCAUUGCAGGUUAAAGAACAUGCGAUGCCAAUUGAAGAACAAGAAGAUGUAAUUGAAGAAAAUGCAACUCAGGUUGAAGGAGACGUAAAAUCAGAUGGUAUUGAAGCAACAUCAUUGCAGGUUGAAGAACAUGUGAUGCCAAUUGAAGAACAAGAAGAUAUAACUGAAGAAAAUACAACUCAGGAUGAAAAAGAAGUAAAAUCAGAUGGCAUUGAAGCAAAAUCAUUGCAGAUUGAAGAACAUGUUAUGCUAAUUGAAGAACAAGGGGAUGUAACUGAAGAAAAUGCAACUCGGGUUGAAGAAGACGUAAAAUCAGAUGGCAUUGAAGUAAAAUUAUUGCAGAAGAAGAUCCUAAUUGAAGAACAAGGGGAUGUAACUGAAGAAAAUGCAACUCGGGUUGAAGAAGACGUAAAAUCAGAUGGUAUUGAAACAACAUCAUUGCAGGUUGAAGAACAUGUGAUGUCAAUUAAAGAACAAGAAGAUAUAACUGAAGAAAAUACAACUCAGGUUGAAAAACAAGUAAAAUCAGAUGGCAUUGAAGCAAAAUCAUUGCAGAUUGAAGAACAUGUUAUGCUAACUGAAGAACAAGGGGAUGUAACUAAAGAAAAUGCAACUCUGGUUGAAGAAGACAUACAAUCAGAUAGUAUUGAAGCAAAAUCAUUGCAGGUUGAAGAACAUGUGAUGGCAAUUGAAGAACAUGUGAUACCAAUUGAAGAAAAUGUGAUGCCAAUUGAAGAACAAGAAGAUGCAACUGAAGAAAAUAUAACUGAGGUUGAAAAAGAAGUAAAAUCAGAUGGCGUUGAAGCAAAUUUAUUGCAGGUUGAAGAAAACUCAAAAAGUGAUGUGACUGAAGAAAAAUCAAAGCAGGUUGAAGAACAAGGUGCUAAAACAGCUGACAUUGAAAAAAAACUAAUGCAACUUGAAGAAGUUGCAGAAACAGAUUCCACUGAAGAAAUUACGCCGGAAGUUAAAGCAGAAGAUUCAGCAUCACCAAAAUCUGAACAAUGUAAACCCUCUAGUGAAGUUAAAGGAUCUGAAUCGACAGAACCACAAAAAGAGUCUUCUGUGAUUACUUAUAUUGAGGAAACUUCUGAAGUAGACAUUUCAAAACCUAUUGAAAAUGAAGGGUGUUCAGAGGAAUCGUCAAAUUUGACUGAAAAUCAGGAAAUCGAAGCAGAAUCGGAUUUGAAACAAGGAGAUGAGGUGGGGGUGCAAUCUGUUAAAAGCAAAAAUGAAGAAUUUGUAGACGCUUUAGAAAAAGUAGAAUCGGAAGCAGUUGAAUUACAGAAAGAAAGUGCUACUGAAGAUUUAAAUAAUGAGCAAUUAGUGAAGGCGAGUGAUGACGUUGUUGUAGAAGAGAAACAUAUUAAAAAAUUAGUUGAAAAUGAGGAUGAUUGUGAUGAUAUUAAUGAAAGUCCGGAAGAAACUACAGAUGAUGCCAAAGACGUUUCUGGAAAUAUUGUAGCUGGGAAGAAAUUUAAAAAAUUAGAAGGCAAUCAAAAAUUAAAAGAAGAAUCUACUGUUCCAGCAACCGAACCAGAAAAUUCCAUGAUCAACAAAGAAACUGAAAUGGUUUCGGAAAAAGUGAAUCCCAAACCAAUUCUAGAAAGAAAACAGUCUCACUUGGCAGAUUUAGAAUUUGCUCCUCUUCAACUGUCCGAAGAUGAUUCCGAUGAUUCGGAACCGGUACCCAGAUUAGCAUUGGAACCAGACGAUUCCAACAGCCCAGCUGUAGCAGAAGUUAACGAAUUACCUGCUGAGGACACUGCCGAAACUCAACCGGUUGAAGAAAUUGAAGAUAAACUGGUCUAUAUACCACCUGUGGUGCAACCUGUAACUGUAAUGCGACAUGUAGUACAACCGGUAGUGCCUCUGACUAGAAACAUUUCUGGUAACCAGCUGGUUGUAUCCAUGGCGGGUUGCUUGCAAAAGAUGGAUGGUCUUAAGCACACUGAACCAGAACGAAUAGUUAGCGAAAAGGAACGCAAAGAAAUGGAAGCUUUGGCACUAGCCAUUCAAAGCAUAACUGAUAAUUCCAAUUCAUAUAUGGAUGAAUACAUGGAACCGAUCGUUGAGGAGAACUUACAAUAUGAAACUAAUUUGCAGGAGGUUAUCCAAGAAGAGGGUGUCAUUGAACCUCUUGUUAGUCAAGAAGCGGUUGCCAUAGAAGCUCCUAUUGAACAAGAAGACAUUGUCAUUGAACCUUCUGUUUGUCAAGAAGAUGCUGCCAUUGAAGCUUCUGUUUGUCAAGAAGAGGCUGCCAUUGCAGCUUCUGUUUGCCAGGAAGACUCCACCAUUGAAGCUUCUGUUCGUCAAGAACAGUCUGCCAUUGAAGCUUCUGUUUGUCAAGAAGAGGCUGCCAUUGAAGCUUCUGUUUGUCAAGAAGAGGCUGCCAUUGAAGCUUCUGUUUGUCAAAAAGAGGUUGCUAUUGAACCUCCAGUUAGUAAAGAGCUGGAAUCAGUUAUGGAAUCUCAAAAUAUAGAACCAGAUAGUUCGGAAAAUGAAAGUAACCAAGAGGCUGUUUCUGAUCAAUCAAGUCUUGAGGUAACAUCGACUCAAGAGAUUGAGUCUGUAAUUUCAACGGAAAUACAAGAAAGUCAGGUUCAGGAAGAGCCUAAAGUCGAUUCGGAGGCAGCUUCAUUAAAAUCGACGGAAACGGACCAAGAUGAACCUGCUGAAGUUAAAAAUGAGAACAAAAUUGAAGAGGGUGUGAGGGAAAGAGAUCAAAAGGCUAAUGAGGCUGUAGAAGAAAAAGCUACAGUAGAGGAGGAUAAGGAAGUGGCAGAAAAAAAGUAUAAAGACAUUGUUGAAGUGGAAGAUAAAGGGGCGGUAGCAAAAGAAGUUAAGGAAGCGAUAGUAGAAGUAGCUAAAGAACCAAUAGAAUCAACUAAAGAAGUUGAGGUAGAGAGUGUUAAUAAGGUUACAGAGGCCGCAGUUAAUGAAACUAUACAGGACAAAGUUAGUGACGUAGACGUUGUUUCGAAAGAAAAUGCGUCCCAAAGCAGCGAAAAUUCUCAAGAUUCUAUCAAUUCUACCAACGAAGUGCCUAUCAAAGAAGGUAAACGAACCAGGUCAAAUGAAAAAUCCAAAAAGCACAAAAAAGGAGAUAAAUACGAGGAAUUGACGAUUAACGUCGACGUCCCCGACAAAGAAAUAACUUACAGCCCGAAAAUAACGAUCAAACCGAUCAAAAUGCACGAUGAUGAGGUCAGUACAACCACUUCUUCCGAAUGCGAAGUGUUUAAAGGCAGCUUGAAGAUGACCAUCACCAAACAGUCCGAUAAGAUGCAUUCUAUAUUGAAAAUCAGUGAUCAGGAUAAUUCGGAGGCCGGUUCUGAACAAGACGAGCCCAUUCCGAAGUUGAUCAUCAAACCAAAGAUACAACAGGUCGAGAGCCAACACAGUCCAAAAAUGUCGACCAGAAGUUCUAAAGUAUCGCCGACGGUGUCCAAUCAAAGAUCUGGCAGUCCUAGAAUAUUGAUAAAGCCGCUGGCGAAGCCUGAUAAACAGGAACCCGUCAGUCCGCUCAAAAUUAAAAUCAACACCAAAGCCAACUCGAAGACUAUCUCCAAAGAAGACGAGACGUCUAGGAAAGUGUCGAUCAAACCUAUGAAGAUCGUCGACGAAUCUGAACAAGUUCAGAGUCCCAGAAUUACUAUUAAACCCAUUCCGAAACCCGAUUCGGAGAAGGAAGUCGCUAAUCCAAGAUUAACGAUAAAACCGAUUAGAAAACCGGAAGAGGACGUCGAGAAUGAAGAUAAAGAGAGAUCCAGUCCAAAAAUUAUUAUCAAACCUGUGAUUAAACCACAAGAAUCCGAUACUCAUACGGAAGAAGAAGAUGGUGUGAAAGAGCGGAUCGUACUAAAAAUCAACAAGGGCAAUCUUCCUAGUCCAGUGAAGGAAUCGAAAAAGCGGGAACACCCUCCGGAUGAUGAUAAGUCGGAGAAAUUGGCCAAAAUUACCGUUAAAUUUUCGAAAGGGGGCGGCCAUCCCCAUAUUGUGCAUCAACAGGGCGAAGACACGUCUAAAAGAUCUCAUGAGGACAAUCCGUCAAAUACCGAGAAGAAUAAGAAGCAGAAAAUUGACUCGGAUGUUGUUGUGUUGACUAGGUCGAGCGCCAGACACAAAGACCAAGUUGAAGCCAAUGAUAAAUCGAGUCCUACUUCCGAAGCGAAGACGAAGCACAAAGACCAUCACGCGCAAGAAUCGCCGAUCGAAACGAAAAGACCGCGCAAAGACAAUCUGAAUGACAAAUCGAAGCUAUUGAAAGACGACAUGUCCGAGGAAUUGCUAUCGAUCGACACUAAAGUAGACUCUCCAAUAGUUAUUAGCGAGGACUCUAGAUCUCAGGAUAGCAGUAGUGUAAUUCUUUUAGACGAAAGCAAGGACGACAGCGUGUCUUCGGAUACGAUCAGAACCCCGGAUAGCACAAAGUCGAUACAAAAAGCCGUUGCUUUGAAUACGGGUUCCGCCACCCCUUCGCCGGUACUCAAACGAGGGAGAGGACGGCCCCGAAAGGUACCGCUGAGUGUGCGAGAACAGCCGAACCCAUCUAUCAAGGAAUCUCCGAAACUGAAGGAGCACCCACAAUCCAAAGAGUCAGAUGCGUCGCCAGCGCCGCAGCAGUCGGUGCAGGUGCGCGAGUCAGGCAGGCCGAAGCGGAGCUGCCGCGGGCAAUCCGUUUGUGAUACGCUCGGUAUAAAACCGAGGAAACCUCGAGGUGGGGGUCGGGGGAGGGGCAGCAAAAGAGGAAUGGGCAGUAGACUUGUUGUGGAAAGGGACCCGUCCGCCGAAAACGCUAGCGAGGAAGAAGUAAAGCUUGAAAUAAAAGUCGAAGUAAAAGUCGAAGAGAGCGAUAAACCUUCAGAAAUUAUUGAUAAAAAAGGCCCGAAUACCUCGAAGAUUGAGGUUGUAGUAAUAGAAGACGAACCAAAUCCAAAAAAUACCAAAAAACCGAACAUAAAAAGGAAAUCUAUCGAAAAGAAAGUCGAAACUGAUAUACCGGUGAUUGAAAUAGAUUCAGGUGACUCACAACUGUCUGAAAAAGAACCAGAAACCAAUAAAAAUGUUAGUAAGAAGAGUGAUGAUAACAUUGAACCAAUGGAUGUAGACGAUAAUGAUAAAGAAGUUGAAAUUAUUACUAAAAAUCCAAAAAUCGAAGGUUCCUUAGCGAUUCCUAGCACGUCAAGCGAUCAAGAAGCGACAACGCUCGAUGAUAAGCGAGCCAUAUUGAAAGACAUCGGUAUUCUUGAAGAAAAACCGAUUGACAUAGAAGACAAAGAAGUAGAACAGAAGAAGACGUUAAUAGAAGACGAUACUGCAAUACCCUUUCAGAGUUUAGCACCUCCUUCCACUCCAAAAGAUUUCUCAGAAUUAGACAGCCAAAUUAUAGAGUCAUCUUCGCCUUGUAAACCAUCCAAACAAGAUAUACCUUCUGUCAGCAGUACCACUGUUUCAUCGGAAAUUAUGAUUGUCGAUGAAGAGACUAGAAUGAGCGCUGAAACGAAUAGCAGGGCACAAACUCCCGCCAAACAGGUAAUUACAUCGUCUGAUAUAGUAGAAGAGUCCCAGAGCUCUGUACACAGCACCACCACUACUGAAAGCGGUAAAACGCCUUCCAGACCUAGUAAAGCACCUCGUCUCGAGGUUCAAGAACCAGAAAGUCAAAUCAUAACUGCCGAUCUUCUAUCAGAGUACUAUUGGAACGGCAACGGUCCAUUUAUGUUGCAAGAACAAGUGGCUCAAUUUCUGGGUAUCAAGUCUUUCAAAAGGAAAUACCCAGGUAUCAUGAGGCGCAUGUUGGAUAUGCAAGAGCGAGAUUUUAUUAGGGAAAAAAGUUUAGCGUCCGAGCACAUGUGCGACUUGGGUCUCACGGCCGUCAACAGCGCCGACAUUUUGGACAUUAUGUACUCCGAUUUCCAAGAGAAGUAUGAAGAGUACUGUAAACAUCAACGCGACAGACAAGCCAAGGAAUUAAUCAACAAACAAAAAGCUUUGAGUUUAGCUACUAGUCAAGAGAAGAGCAAGGCUGAUAUUACGGAACAGGCCGUACAUUCUGCUGCCCAGUGGAAUGCACGCUUCAACAAGGAGAGAAAAGAACAGCGAAAGGCAUGUAUGGAUUUACAGAAUUUCACUGUUCAUUACCCCAAGGGUAAAAAAUCUUCUCCAGUUACAAAUCCACAUCCAGGAAAUUACCCUGUAGCUUUGGUACCUGGUCAAUUCGCCGAAUACUACAAGGAAUUCACCCCUACUGAGCUCAACAAUCUCCCCAUCAACACGAUGGGCUAUGAAGAAGUCCAUUUCAUUCCCCGCGAGGUUUCAGAUGAAUCGGGCUCUGAAUCUGACUCCGAUUCCUCCAGUUCUUCCGGAUCGUCGUCGUGUUCGAGUUCCGAUUCGGACUCGUCUUCGGGCAUCGACGAUUGCAAAUUGUGUAAACAUUCCCCGAAAAAACCGUCGACAGCAGUGGCGCCUAUGUCUCCGCCGCCAGCAGUGGCGCCUCCGCUGGCGACGGCCAAAUGAGAAUUACUUUUGUUGAAGUAUAAAAAAGGCAGGUUGGUUAUUAAAUAGCCGGAUAAACGAGGGUUAAAUGCGGAAUGGGAUGUACUACAAAUGAGUGUGAACCUUUUAACUUCAUUUGCUUGAUUAAAAUGUUGACACUUAUUUGUGAGACAUCCUGUAUAAAUGCAUUGCUGAAGAUAAAAAAACGUGUAUAUUUGAAAAGCGGACGAUUCUAGUUUGAUUGAUUGAAUGAUUUUCGAAAAUGACUGGUCAAAGGAAGAAAACAGACAGAUUACGAUUAUUAAAUAAUGUCUACAAAUAUGUCUAGUAUUUUUAGUUUUUAUAUUGAUGUUCAGUUUUUAUUUAAAUCUGCCUUGGCCAUGGAAAUUUGACACAUUUCGCUGUUUAUUAUAAUAUUAAUUAAUCAGGCAUUCCGACGGCCUGUCAAAUAAUAGCUGCAAGUGGGAAGGACUGGUAUAUUUAAGGGGGUUGCGACAUAGACUUCCAUCUUGGAUGCUAUUUUUAUUCGAAAUAGUAGUCGCCAAGCUUGCUAAUUCAUGAAAAUUGUAUGAGCGGGUUUUUUAAAAAUAAUAUUUUAAUUGUGUUCGACAUAAAAUAUUUAAAUUUAAUUCAUUUUUCAUGAUUUGACAUAUUAUAGAUAGAAUAUAUCGUGUGUUGCAACCAUUCAGAUAUACCAACCACUGACAGUUCUUUUGUUUGGAAUGCUUAAUAUUUUUUCUUUGAGUUUAUUUGAAGUAUCUCUCAUUUUUAUCAUUUAAAACAGGGUUGUCAAAUUAUGUGAUAUGAAAAAAAAUCUAAACUAUUAUGUCAAGUGUAAAGUACUCAUCUUUGAUAUAGACUAAAGUUUCUGGAUCAUUGAUCUUUGAUUAUUAUUAUUAUUAUUAUUAUGUUUAAUGUUGAAGAUUUCUCUUCCUGAAAAAUAUUAUAUUUUGUUGAGACAAAUCUAACGAAUUAUUUUUAUAAUGUAAAUCAGUUUUCCUUUUGUAAUUUUUCGUUACUUAUUAAUAAUUUUUGGCAUUUUGAUUUAAUUACAAUAAAUAUACAAAAUAUUCUAAAGAAAUUUUAGAUCCAUUAAUUUUAUAUUUUGAUUGUGAUAUGUUUGGAUUGCGUUUUUUUUUUUCCUUGUCUUUUUCCUUAUCUUUUUUUGUUCCACCCUUCGGACCCUCUUGCUAUCACCCUAAUAUGGUUGUAACGUGGCGACACUGCAGCCUGCAGCUUAUUGUGCUCAUUGUCGAAUGUUCCAAUCGCCACCCAGUCUCGCGGCUAACCUUUUCGGCCUUUGUAUUAUUGCGCAAUACAUUUUUGAUUGUUUUAAAUUUUAAAUAUGUAGGAGAUUCUCCAGUGAAAUGCUUUAAAAUAUCAAAAGUAAAACCGAAAGCGACGUAGCAUCGUUAUAUUUUUUGGUGACCUGUUUGUGGAGAAGAAGAUGGUGUUGUAUUAAUAUGCAUUUUGAGCGAUGUUUUACUUUCAAAGCCACCCCUCAUUUAAAAAGAAACUGAACACAUAAUUUUUUAUUUUUGGACAAAAAUGAGUAACAAUUACGAAUCUAGACUAGAAUAAAAUUAUUACUUUUGUGUCUUAAACUUGUGUCCAUAAGUAAAAGGAAUCUCACUAUUCACCUUUGUUAAAAAUCGUUGAACUUAAUGUCAGUACUAGUAACGAUAGAUUUUUAAGUAAAGGCUUUCAUUACUAUUUUAUUUUAAAAUUUCUAAUGUACAUAUUUUUGUAUUUUAUUAUGUUUCUAAGAUGUCUAAAACUAUAUAUAAUGUUCUUUUUUUUUAAUAAAAAACAUUU